AUGAUGGCCAGCCAUUCGCCGCAGCGCAAUCGUCCAAAGCCUCAGCCGCACCAGAGUUCUACCCCAGAUCGUGGAAUAACCCCGCCCCCUGCAUCCUACGUGGGCAACGCACCCAAUCCGGGGGUGCUCGCUCACACGCAAAGCACACCGAAUGUGAACGCCUCACAAGCGACUCACUUCCCCCGACCCAACAGGGCACAAGCAGCCCAGUUUCUCUCCUCGUUCCAGGAGAUGGAACACAAUUGGCAGAUGACUGAUGAACUGCUUGCCGAGAUUGAACAGGCAGAUAAGCAACAAACCCGCAGCCAGGCCCAGAUCCCACAAGUCUCAUCCUCUGCGCAGACCUCACUUUCCCCUCGCGACCAAGCGAACGUUGUGGCGCCGGAGUCGCAGCAGUUGAGAGACGCGAACGUUGAAAGGGUGAAAUCCGGUGAGCGAUCUAGUCCCAAGGACUCUCCCGACGUCGGCAACCAACAACGUAGGCAGACGAUGCCCGCUAGGGAGAGUCCCAACUUUCGUGAUCGCCAGCCAAAUUCGCCCACGGCUCCUGCGUUCCCUCCCCAGGAACGCACUCCAGAAUUAAGGGGUCCCUCUUAUCAUGUUGGGGCGAACGGAGGCGAUAUGCAAUCGCCUGCUUAUAAUCAGUACCCACGCGACUCUCCUCCCGUCGCACGUAGGCCUAAUCCCGACGUCCGUUCCCAGCCCCAACAGCCCUCAGCAACCAGCCAGACCCCACCUGUCGCCCUUACCCGCUCUCCUGACCGCUCGCUGCCCUUUCAAGAAGAGGCUGAGGAUGAUGUUCACCUGAACGGCCAUCAUUCCAAGGUACCAGAUGAUGAUGCAUGGGACGAAGAAGAGGAGACUGAUCAAGAUAUAAGACACGAUAUCGUUUCCCCUGCCCCCUCCUCGGACAUCCACCCAACCGGCCCUCGUUACGAUGUCAGUCGCAUGCACGUGGGCGGUAGGGAGAGUCGAACCGGUCAUCGAGGCGACGAGGUUGUAGAAACGCGGGCCACGCCAAGCGAUGAAGAUGCGUUCACCCCUCGAUCUCCCACGGCAGAGCUGCCAGAGGAUCCUAGCAGAUUCGUCGUGCACGACCACAGCAAAACGAUUCGCGGGCCCAGGCACCGUAAUGGUUCUGCGGAUCAGCUAGGUUAUCGCGUCUUGGAUGCGUCGGCCUUCGUACAGCCAUCCUCAGGCAAGGCACCCGAACCCACCUCGGCUACGUCGGAUCAGAGAUUGGCUGCGACUCAACAAUCUCUCACCGAACGUGCACAAUACGUUCAGCCUAAUAAUAUCAAUAUCAGGCCCAGCGAUCUUCAGAACGGACAGUACUAUUCCAGUCAGAUACUAUCUGAUGACGCGCAGAGCCUUUGGGAACACCCGUCUGCAGAGUAUAUACAAGCUUAUGUGCAGUCCCCGCGUCCUGGUGCUCCUGUUCCUCCCACCCCUCAUAGCCAGACCGCCGCCCCAUCGCCAUCGCCGUUCGUGUCGGGAAUGUAUAGCGAUGCUGCGAAGGAUAUGGCGUUUAGCCCCAUUCCACCUAUUGGCUCCCCGUACCCUUACCCCUUCUCUCAUGUACGUCGCGCUAAUACCUACGCUGGACAACUUCGCAAUCCCCCUCCUCCAUCGUCAACGGGUUACGAUCCCAACCACCCAUCCGUGAUUCAAGAGCAACUCGUCAAGCAAUGGCAGAUCUAUGCUCAAAACAAUCAAGGUCACAUUUCUGACUCUACCUUGUCUCCUUCGUCUACCCCAUACCCGGGAGGGGCGUUUAUCCCCUGGGCUUAUUUACAUACGAAGAAGAUGCUGGGAAUAGACGGGCACGACCCCCGAAGUAUUCAAUCGAGUCCUAGCCACGAGCCAUUGCCAUUGCCACCGAAUCCAGCCGUUGGGCUGAAGAAAAAGGAGGCUACUUCGAAUCUUAGGGUCAAGCCGGAGCCCGUGAGGAAGCCACCACCCAGAGUGGAAAGUACUCAGCCGCGAGACACCAGCCCGGAGCCCUCUACCUCCGGCGAGGAGACCGCUGGCGAAGAAAGAUACACGAUACCACGGGAAGGCACAUGGCUAUCCCAAAAUACCCGCCCUCCUACCGCCGGCGCUGUCGAUGACGAUGCUGAUUGGAUUGACGAGGACGAUGAUCCGGAUGACGAUGAUUUAUUAGAACUAGAAUACCACCCGUCAUUUAUCAAUAACGUUGAAAAGCGCCGCCGCCGCUGGGAUGCGCGAUGGGAAGCUCUAGUUCAAUCGUUCCAAGCACUUGAUCGGCAAACUGAUGCUACGCUUGUUCUGCUCGCUGCGCCGUCCCACUCCUCGUCGAAAAUGUAUUCGAUCACAUCUCGGUCCAUUCGCCGGCAGCCAGCAUGGCGAAAUUCCCCCGCGAUGGCGAAUCUACGAUCGAACUUCCGGCAUAUUGCUGUGCAGCGUCGCGCGACGAGGGUGCAGAGGCCAACUCUAGCUGAUCGCUUGCUGGCGAUGCCUACUACGUCGUCCUCAGGCGGCGACGGGAGCGACGGGAGCAAUGAGUCUAGAGAGGAGGAUCUAAAGAGGGCUCUCGGGACGGCUUUGGGGAGUCUCGGGGCGCUUGGAACUAUCUAUGAACAAAGGGAGGCACGUUGGAAGGACGAGAUGAGGCGGAUUGGUGAAGACAGAGAACGAGUGGAACUUUUACUCAAGCAAGCUCUAGGGGAGGAUGCUUUGAAUAGCUUGCGCUCACCGCACGGUCUAUGA